UGCGAGGUAGAAUUAUAUUAAAUGUUUUUCAAUAAUCGCAAAGUUUGUUCUUUUACUAGACUUCUCAGUGUUACAUCGUAAAAGAAAUGCGAAUUAAAAAUCGAAUUCGAAGACUGCUGUAGCGAUUCAACUGAUGAAUUUUGUGUAUGAAGGAAUUAUCUGAUAAGAUAAAGGAACCAUGGAAAUUACGUUGCACCGUCUAAACGAAGGCGGGACUUUCGAAAAUGAAUUUCUAGUCCUAACAAUACAAAAAUCGUACACCGCUGGCCGUAAAUCUGACAACGAUUUUGUGUUUAAAUCUAAAGGAAUUUCCCGAAAACACUGCAUUUUUCAUCACAAACCAGACGGCUUGUUCGUUGAAGUUUUGAAACAUGAACAGGCCUUACAAGUUAAUGGUGUAAAUCAAAUUAAAGGAACAGUUGUUCCUCUGAAAAAUGGGGACAUUGUUGAAAUAGGAAAAUCACACACAUAUAAAGUACAAAUUGAGCCUCUGGCUCCAGAUAUCACCAACGAAAAUCAACCUUUUUCUGAUUUUUUGGGUUCACGGCCUGGAAAUGCAGUAGUAAAAACAGAAUCGUUUGAUACAGAUUUGAGUGAAACUUUACCUAAUAAUAUAAGGAUAAAAUCAGAACUUGAGAUUCCUGAAUUUUUGGAAGAUACAAUUCUGAAUGUCAGUUGUAGUGCAGAAGAGGUGGAUCCUAAUUUAUCAGAGAAUAGGAUUAGCCACAUGACGUUUGGAAGCGACAAUGUGAAUAUUCCACUGCCAUCGGUUAAUAUUAUUAAAAGUGAACCGGAUGAAAAUCUUUUGAAUUCGGAAUCAGCACAAGCCUUACAAUUAGAACUUCCCACCGGAAUAGCAAUAAAUCUUGAGGAAAAUGCCGACCUUACUUAUCACCUAAUGGAAAUGGGUUCCCUUCCUCAAAUUUCCGAUCUUGAUGGAGCAAUGCAAAUCUCGAUUGAGGAACAUGACACUAAACCUUUAAUCCUGCCACUCAUUAAUCCAGAAACUUCCACGUCAAUAUCGGAAAUUUCUACUCCUACAAUGCAGCCAGAAAACCAAACUCCUCCCGCAACUAUAAUAAAACGAGAACCUGUUCUUCCAAACGAAGUUAUCUCGCAAAAUUCAAUAAUAGACUCGGACCUUAAUCAAAAUGUUUUACAGACUAGGAUAAAAAUAGAAAACCCGGAUAUACCUUUUACAAAUAUUACACUUUUUGCAACUCCAGAGGAAAGAAUUCCAGAAAUAGUUUCUAAUCAUGACGUUAUUUCUGAAAAAUCGGAACUUCCAACGAGAGAAAAGACUCCAAAAAUCCUUGUAAAUCCGAAUGUUCUUCCUGAAGAGGCAGACAGUCCCUCGAGGGCGCGAACUCCAGAUUUAGAAGAAGAAAUGCAAAUUGAUGUCGAGGAACCUGAUAUCAAGCCCUUUCCCUUUUUAACGGAGACAAUUAAUUCUAGCUUGCAACCGGAAAUACAAAAUGCGCCUGAGACUGUUGAAUCGGAUACACCAGUUCUAAGAAUUCGGAAUGACCUUGGACUGGGGUUGAAAAUAGAACCCGACCCCGUUGAACCGUCUAUUGACAAUCAAUUUUCUAUUGAAUCUUCAAUCGAGCCUUCAAAUCCGGAUCAAAAUUUAAGUGUAACGAUAAAAGAAGAAAGGAUUGAUCCUUCUGAAACUCCAAAUGCCGCACAAAUUGAUGGAACAGAUUCUAGAGUAAUAAUAAAAGAAGAAAGAGUUGAUCACGACACUCCGAUUGAAACUGAAAUUGAGCAAACCUCGGGAAUAAGAAUAAAAGAAGAAAUACUUGAUCCUCCAGAAUCUCCAGAAGUUGAAUUUAUUGAAGAGAAACGAAAACGAAGUAGACGAGAUUCUGAUGACAACAACUUGUUUGGAGUCAGAAUAAAGCAAGAGAAGAUUGAUCCCCCUGAAUCCGUUCAAAGUGAGUUAGAUCUUCUGGAUGCGAGUAUUGUGACGAGGCCAAUAAAGAGAGAAAAGCCUGAUCCUCCUGAGCUUGCAGUUCAAAAUCGAAGUGUUCCUGAUGCAGAAGACAAUAUUCAGUCCCAGAGGAUAAAACCAGAACCUGAUUCGCCAGACUCUCCAGAAUGUGAAACUUUUAGAGAAGAACCAGCAAGAGAGAAAGAAAUUUCUGAUCCGAUUGACUACUCAGAAUUAGUUAACGACGAGAUUGAUAUUCAAGAUGAAAAACCUGGACCUUCGCUCAUGGAAAGAUUGAGUCAGUUUGAAAUGUAUUCAGAAUCGCUCAUAAAGAAAAGACUAAAAGAAGAGGUUGUUGAAUCCUUGCCCUCCGCAAAGCGAUUCAAAAGAGGAAGUUCAGGUUCGGACUCGGAUUCUAGUUCCGAUAGUUCCGACUCGGAUUCCGAUUCUUUAAAUAAGAAAGGUUGUGAGAACUCUGUGGCUGUGAAAGUAGAAGACGAGGAAGAAGAUUCGGAGAGUCUGACUCCAGCUCAACGGGAAGAGUAUAAACGUUAUUUGCUGAUAUCUGAGAUUUUAGAUAGUAAUAAGGAUCCGGAAGUAGUUGAUAGGUUGAUUAAGGAACUUGAUAGGAAAUUGGAGGAAGAAAAGACUAGGGAAAAAGGACACAAAGGAAUAGUAGAGUAUCGUGAAAUCAGUGAUGAUGAGGUCGAAAUAAUUAGAGAUGAUAGGAGUAGGAGGCAUAAAAAAAGGAAGAAGAGGGAUGGGAGGAGAGAAAGCAGUAAGAGAAAGAGUAGGCGGAGUGAUAGAAAGAGUGAGAGGAGGAGUGAUGGUAGCAGGAAUGAAAAGAAAAAGAAGAAGCGGAAGAGGGACGAGGGAGAAAGCAAGAUCAAACAGGAAACUUUGAGGGAAAGGAGACACUCGAGGAAAGAGAGUCUGAGCGAAAGAGAAAAGGAGGAUGGAGUCAAUAGAAAAAAUGGUUAUUUAGGAAGAGAGAGUCGCAGAAGAAGGGAAAGUCCAAUUACAGAAGCCCCGAGAAGAGAAAGUCCGAAGGGAAGCCAAAGUCUUAGAGGAAGCGAAAGUCCUAGAAGAAGAGAAGUUGCUAAAGAAAGAUCUAGUCUAAAACGAAGGGAUAGUCCAAGAAGACGAGAAAAAAGUCCGUCAACAGAAAUUUACAAUUUCAGACAGUCUCCAAAUAGAGAUCUCGCUCGUGAUUCCAGAAGAGAAAAGUCUCCUGAUCCCAGUCCAAGAUCCCCAGAACCUUUCGAAUAUUCCAAGGAUUCUCAAGUCCAUGAACCGAAAAACGAAAACAGAAAUUUGAGAACUGAUCCGAUGGAUCGGAAUUAUCCGGGAGCGAGGGUUCUGGAUGAUUAUGAUCUUCCGGAAGAAAGAGGUAGAUCAGAUCCUCGGGAUCGGACGAAGUAUGGUGCAAGAACUGAGAAGAAGAAAUUGGAUUAUAAGGAGUAUUUGAAGAGGAGAGCAAUGGCUAAAGAUUCAAGUGGAGGAGCAGGUGAGGCAACUAGGGAUCUAGGAGCAAGGCCCAAAGGAAGUGAGGCCAGCGGAAUUGCUCCUAUCUCAACCUUUAGGGAUUCUUACGUUCCUCAGCCUCUAAUGGAUCUUGAAUUCAGGGUACCAAAUGCUGGUGUUCCUGUCCCAGGAUACAGAGCGCAACCUCAGUCUUCGGUUAUCGCGCCAUCUGUGGAUCCAAGAUUUAUGCCGAGAGGGGUUGAACAGCCAGUUCCGCUUCCAUUUAUGGAUCCUCGAACACAAUCGAGACCUCAAGUUCCUCCUUAUAGAAUUCCUGGAGUUCCUCCGGCAUUCGAUCCAAGAUAUCAAGGAAGAGCGGAUCUGCAUUCCCCAAUUGAAGGACCUCGAGAUCACCGAUUCAUGUAUGGAGGAUUGGAGAAUCAUGGAGUUGCUCCAGCCUUUGAUCCCAGAUAUCAAGGAAGAGCGGAUCUUCAUUCUCUAAUUGAGGGGCCUAGAGAUCCCAGAUACAUGUAUGCAGGGAUGGAAAAUCAAGGAGUUGCUCCUGCAAAUUUUGAUCCAAGGCUGCCAGGAAGAGCGGAUCUUCAGUCUCCGAUUGGCGAGGUUGCUUCCAGGGAUCAAAGAGUUGCGUCCAGAGGUGUGGAAACUAGUGGCGAGGGAUCUAGGGAUCAUAGAUCUAGAGCAAGAGGGAUGACGGAGGAUGAAAUUCAGAUGACUUUGAUGAAUCAGAGAUCGGGCGCGAGGAUUUUAGAACCUCCUGCUUCAACGAGUAACCAGGAAUUAGUUGCAAAUCCGAUAAGUAAGCUGAAGAUGAAAAAUGGAAAAGAUGGAAAGAGUGAGGAUUGGUUGACGCAGAAAGUUUGUCAAUUGAAUGUCACAGAGGACAUAAAACCUGUGGUUCGCACCAAGCCGCUCGAAUCGAAGGAACUAUCUGAUGAGUUGCUGGUGACCAUUUUCUCGUGGCAUCCGGAACUUUUCGAGGCUGGCCUUUUGAGAAAUUCGCCAAUCCCGUCGCUUAGAAAUGUCGGAAAAACUUCACUCUCGUAUGAAAGCUACGAUUCCUACUGCGCCACAGUUUUUCCACUUCUUCUUCUGGAUGUCUCCUGUCAAAUUCAAGAUGCAUUUAAUGCCGGAAUGGAAAGACCCUCAUUACAAGAUUGUCGUUUACUUCCAAGUACAAUCCCAAAGGUGAAAAUACCAGCUCGAAAAACAUUUCUUGUGCCUUUGUUACUGAAAUCCAGCGUAUCGAUUUUGGAUGAUUCCAAACCUCCUUCAGAAGGAGAUUUAUUACGAUUUUAUCUAGUCAAUGAAUAUAAAAAGUCAGUUGUAAUGUUUGGAUAUAUACAGAAAGUAGUUAAUGAAGAAACGAUGGACCUACCCAGAAGACUAUUUACCUUCUUGGUAUCUAUUAGUGAGCAGGAAUUUGAUAUCCACAGGAGUACAAUUCAGGACAUAAAACCGAUUGUAAAUUUGAAAUCUUCAAUAGAAAAAGCCAAGGCUCUGUUUCGCUUGAGAAGAUCUGAGCUCCUUCCUUGUAUAUUACAUCCAAAUUCGCAAAUUAAUCCGGCUCUACCGGUCAAAAUCUUGGAUCGGGAGGAUUUAGUCUCGAAAGAUCAUCUUGACAAAAUGCAGUUUACCGCAGUCUCAAAAAUAAUAAAAGCCUUCAACAGUGAAUUGCCCAACAUCUGUCUUGUGGAAGGAUCUGCCGGCACUGGAAAGACGAAUAUUAUUGUCAACACGAUUCUACAGUUACUCUGUACACAAAAAUUUAAUGUCGAGAAAGAACGAUUGAGAAUUCUUGUUUCUGCUUCCACAAACGUCGAGAUGGACGAGAUUAUAAUAAAACUCAAAUCUGCACUUGAGCUUGCAAAUAUUGAAAAAGAUGUAGUUAAAAUGGUUCUUGUUGGUCCGGACGAGGGAAGACGUGAACGAACUAAAGAGUUGAACUUGAGCAAUUUUGCUAGAAAUCAUGUUGAAAGUGAUAUACACAGGUACCAGGUCACAAUGGGCUUGAAAUCCAUGGAGGAACAGGCUGCAUUUUUAACGGAGCAAAUGAAUAUCCUUACUAAAAAGUUUGAAAUGACAAAGUGUGUUCACGUAGCACUACAAAUGAGCCUUAUAAAAAUGUAUUACGAUAUUGGAAGAAGUGGAAGAAAGGUAAAGGAGAUGACAGCUCAAGAAAAGAGAGAACUUUUAGAAGUUGCGGAAAAGACAUUUUUGGCUGGCGCAAACUUAAUUUUCUGCAGUAUCCCCAAUCUUGGCUGCUCUGUGAUGGAGAAUCUUAGCGAAAAACACACUGUGGGUGUUUGUAUAGUAGACGAGGCAGCACAAAUUUUAGAAUUGGACACACUGAAAGUCUUACCUUUCAAAGAGAAGACUUUAGUUUUACUAGGCGACAUCUGCAAAAAUCCAACGAAUCACGAUAAUAUGCCUAGAUUGCGGAACACGGGAUACGGAUGUUCCUUGUUUUCUCGAAUCGAGAACAGCUAUGGGCCAAAUGAGAAGUCUCCUGUUCUGAGAUUAAUCACUCAGUAUAGGAUAUCGACACCGAUAGAAGAAUGGCUAAUAAAUUCAAGAAUUUUCGGGAUGAAUUCUUUAAGAAAUCUGGUGCAUCAGAACGUGCAAUUUCCGUUGCAUUCGUUGCGAAUUUUUAAUUUGAGUUACACAGAAGAUUUUGUGGACAACGAGGCUGUUUUUGCCUCGAGAUUGAUACACUGUAUUGUGAGUUUUGGAGACUUGCGGAGAAUGGAGAGAAAUAUUUCGAUGGGAGUUGUAAUCUCAGACAUUGAUGCCAAGGAACGAGUUGAGCAAGAAAUUAAAAAUACAAUGGAAGAGAUUGUUCCAGGGAAAGCGCAAAUAUUCAAUAUUGAAGUAGACACGAUCGAUGGGUUUUUCAACCACGAAAAGGACAUAAUUCUUGCAUCCUGCAUUCGAAAUAGACACCUCACCAGCCGGGCUGGAUUUCAACGUUUCUACUGCACACUGACCAGAGCAAAACAUUGUCUAAUAGUCUACGGUAGAUUUGCAAAGAUUAGCAAAUUCAAGCAACCUUGCGAGUGGCAUCAACUUAUUGACUUUACAAGGAACGUCGUGAGCGUGAGUGCUUAUGCUGAAAGCACCGAACUAAGGAGAGAUCUCAUCAGAUAAUUUAAUUUCACUAUACAGUCUGAUAUUAUUUUAGAAAUUCGUUUCUUUGAGAAUUGAUGUAUAGUAAAAAACAUCGUCACCAUUGGCACAUCCUCUUGUACAUAUAGAUUUUAAGUAGGACGUCUUCAAAAAAAAAAAAAGAAAAUAUUUUUUUAUGCUGAUUGUUAGGAGAGAUUUUAUAACUAGAGAAAGUAUGAGAAAUGACAGGUUAAUUUCUAUGUUCGAUGUAUCAGCUAUAAUAUAUUGUCCAUUUCCCAGUUUUUGGAAUAAAUGCGGUUUUUUUUA